UGCCUGGGCCCCACCCCUUACCCUUUGCCGGAAGGAUCAAAGAGAACACCACCUGUGCCCCCAACUCUUUCACCCUUACUCCCAGAGCCCUGUAGUCACUUCUGAUCUGAUUAUAGGUGGAGCUGGUAGCAACCUAUAAUUCAGGUUGCCAAACACUUUCCGUUGCAAGGCUCUGUUUCAGUUGUUGUUUAUAACAACCAUUCGGACUGUAAUUUCCCAUGCCGGAUGUGUGCCUUGGGCUUUUUUUUUUUUUUUUUAAAUGUUUCAGCAAAAUUCAGCUGUUUCUCAGAACAAAGUUAAGGAGAAAUAUAUUAUUUUGCCCACAUUAAGUGCCUAUGUCCAUUUCAUUAGGAAGUUUUAUCAUCUCCAUACUUUGAAAUAUGAUCUUGAAAUUUGGCAGGGCUGUCAUCCUGGUGUCAGUCAUGUGCCUUUUGUCACCCCCAUGAAAACCUGUCCAAAUUGGCCAAGUUAAAAGCCUCCCAAAAACUGCAGUUUGCAUAUACUUAAUAGAGACUUGUUAGUUUGGCAGUUAAAUUGUCUGAAGAUUCCAUUUGCACUGAGCAUGCUCAAGCCCAGGGCUGUGGAUGCUGAGCAGGUGUUUUCCUGCAGUUGCUGCUUUUGGUAGCCAGGAACCAUUGUAGCAUGAGGCACAGGAACUGAAAGCCUGUGUAGUUAGUGAUAUGUGCACAUUCAGUGGUGUGAGCACAUCUGCUCCCUGCCACCAGGGAUAACCUAUUAUACUGCAUUCAGAUAGUCGUUUUGCUUAAGAAAGGUGUUUGACACUAAGAGCUAUUGACUUUGAUUGGCUCUCAGCUGCUGGCCCAGCUUCGUGUAACAAUAGCUUUUCUACUCAAGGGCCUGCCGGUCAUGCAGGCAAGAGAGAGGUGUGGCUGGAGCUUCUCAGUUUUGUGUAUGUCAUAGAGGGGAGACCCUGUUUAAGAGUAGGGUUCUUCUUUGUGUAGGAGGGGGUGGAGAUUAGGAGUAACCAUCACCAAAUAUGAGGAGGACUUGGAGAAGAAAGAAGGCAGGAGAGACUCUGCUUUCCUGAAGUGCUUAUGAACCUCUGACUCACAGUAAGGUGAAAAUUCCCAGAAUAUAACUUGUCCAGGAACCGUAGUGCAAGGUAGACGUUUUCACCAUGCUCAUGCACAGAUACCAGUAGUAAAAACAGCAGCCCAAAGCAAUCUGGACCGAAAGGAAAGAAAAGAAUACCCUCCUCAUUUUCAGAAGAUAGAAAUUGACCCUAUUAGAUUACCUCGGCCUCAUUUGAUGGAAAGUAUAAUGGAGAACACAGAAGAGUCAGGAUCAGAAUCGGAAUCUGAAAUUAAGAGGAAGGUACAACAGAAACGUCACUGCAGUUCAUGUCAAUCUGAUUUGCCUCUUUCUUCUGCUACAAAAAACUGUUUAACCCACUUAGAGGAUUUGGAGCCAACUGAUUAUUCCACAUUUUGCCCAGGCUGUGAGAAGACAAAUGAAAAUCAGACCAAAUGCCAAAGUUAUGGAAAUGCUUUCUGUAAGGAUUUGCAAAGACGCUCCAAACAAACUGUGACCUUAAGUGAAUCUCUGAGACCUUUAUUGCGAUCUUCAAUACAUCAGAAUUCAACAGGGCAAAAAUCUCCAGGUACAGGAUUGAACACACAGAAGUUCUAUGGCUCUGCUGGUGGGAAGGGUCCAGUUGAUAUCAUACUGAGUCGUGAUAUUGUAGGACAUUCUAUGUCGCGACCGAAUGGAAAAGUUGGUCUCUUAACUGGGACGAAAAUUCCUAAAAGUUCAGGAAACUUAAGACAGAGGAGUACAAGACCAUCUGAACUAAAUGAUCCAAUUAUUUUGUCCAGUGAUGACGAGGAGGAUGACGACGACAACAGUGGCAGCACUAACAGAAUGGAAAGCACAUCACCUCGACCCGCAGAUUCAGCCUGUUCUUCCCCAGCGCCUUCCACAGGAAAGGUGGAAGCAGCAUUAAAAGAAAAUACUUCUGGAAUAGAACAGAGACUAAGUAGUGUUGCAACAGACACAGAAAUUGCCAUCACGUUACCAAGAAAAGCAAGAAUGAAAGAUCAGUUUGGCAACAUUGUAUCUAACACACCAGUAAAACGUCGUAAAGUUAUUUCUCAAGAAGUAACUGAUGCCGUACCUAUAAAUUACCAAAACUCCUGGGAAAGCGUCAUUCUACACUGUCGAAGUAUACGAAUAGGAACCCUUCGAAGAAUGGUUGUGGAACCUGUGAUUUUUUGCCUUGAUUUUAUCAAGAUACGUCUUGAAGAGUCAGAAAGUGAUUCCCGAGAGAUUAAUUUAAAAACUUCUGAACUUACCAAAUGUGAGUGGUGUGGUGUCCGAAAGUUACCAGUAGUGUUUCUGCAAACAUUACCUGCUGCCUGUCUUAGCCUGAGAUCCCAACUGAAGAUGAGUAGGGAGAAGGAUAAUGUCUGGUAUGACUGUAAAGGAGUGAAUCCAGAAGAACAGUACAUUGUUCUGAUUUUUGAGACUGGCCUUGAUGCUCAUGGAAAUACAAUAUUUGAAAAAAUUGUUGCUGAGAUUGGUAUCAGGAAUAAUAUUUCUGAUUUCUUUGUGAAAAUUCCAUUUGAAGAAGCCAAUGGUAGGCUUGUGGCCUUUACAAAAUCCUUGGAAGACAACUCCAAAGGAAGCACUUCUUCUCAUAAAGAAAACAAAAUUAAAAAUGUUGUCUCUGAAUCCAAAAUGCAGCUGCGAAAUGCACCUCCAUUUCAAUUUUUUGAUGAUGAUGAUGAAAUUGGAGAGCCACAUACAGUCUUUAUUGGUCCUAUAGAAAAGUUGAUAGUUUAUCCUCCACCUCCUGCUAAAGGUGGUAUUUCUGUGACCAAUGAAGACCUCCAUUGCCUAAAUGAAGGAGAAUUUUUAAAUGAUGUUAUUAUUGAUUUUUAUUUAAAGUAUUUGGUCCUAGAAAAACUGAAAAAAGAAGAUGCUGACAGAAUUCAUGUGUUCAGUUCGUUUUUCUAUAAACGCCUUAAUCAAAGAGAGAGAAGAAAUCUUCAUGAAACUGCAAAUCUCUCAGUACAGCAGAAGCGACAUGGGCGAGUAAAAACAUGGACACGGCAUGUUGAUAUUUUUGAGAAGGAUUUUAUUUUUGUUCCCCUUAAUGAAGCUGCUCACUGGUUUUUAGCUGUCAUCUGUUUUCCUGGUUUAGAAAAACCCAGAUAUGAACCAAAUCCCCACUACCAUGAAAGUGCACCAAUGCAAAUAAAAGCAUCCUCUUCAGAGAGAGAGAGCAGCACUCCAUCUCCUUUGCCAAAUGAAUUGGAUUCAUCUUCACAAAGCUCUCCUUCCAAGUCUACAGUAAAGAGGACACUGAACAAAAAACUUCAUGUAGCUUUAACUGACACAAACAGGGAAAUGGAGGACAGUGAGUCGCUAUAUUGUAGAAGAAGCCCUUGUAGGGGAAAAAGUGGAAUUAGAAAAGUAAAUCAAAUAGACAGUGAUUCAGAAGAACCUAGGACCAUGGAAUCUGCAUGUCAUAAACUUGAUCAUAGGACUGCAGAUGAGAAUGGCAUGCAGAGUGAAUACACAACUGCUGUACAACCUAUGGAUGGCUUGCACAAAAUCAGGCUGAACUAUAGUGAAGACUCCACUGAUGGCAGUAAACUAAAUGAAGAUGAGCUUAUAGAUUUUUCUGAAGAUCAAGAUAACCAGGAAGACAGCAGCGAUGAUGGAGGCCUUGUAGAUGAUAACUGUAAUUCAGAGUUGGGACAGUGGCAUCUGAAGCCUAAUAUCUGCAUACAACCCUGCAUUUUGCUUAUGGACUCCCUGAGAGGCCCUUCCCGGUCAAAUGUUGUGAAAAUACUAAGGGAAUAUUUGGAAGUGGAAUGGGAAGUGAGGAAAGGUAGUAAAAGAAGUUUCUCUAAAGAUGUCAUGAAAGGCUCCAAUCCAAAAGUGCCACAACAGAACAACUUUAGUGAUUGUGGAGUGUAUGUACUGCAAUAUGUGGAGAGCUUUUUUGAGAAUCCCAUUCUCAAUUUUGAGCUACCAAUGAAUUUAACAGACUGGUUUCCACGCCCCAGAAUGAAAACUAAACGAGAAGAAAUACGAAACAUAAUCCUAAAAUUGCAGGAACAGCAGAACAAAGAAAAGAAGGGACAGAAGGACCUACGUUCACCAGAAGGAUCUUUGCCAGAAGGAACAGAACAAUUUAUCAACAGUAGCUCAGACUAAAUAUUACGUCUGUUGCAUGUUAGCUCUGCAGUCAAAAACUGAAAUAUAUUUUAUCUUUGUCUGCCCAGACUAAAGAAUUGGAGUAUUCUCUGCUCAAAAGUUAUUUGGGAAUGUUAAUGCCUGUAUAAAUGUGUGUCAUAAAAGGAAUACAUUCCCAAAAAGAUAUGUAUUAAGUAAACAAGUUUGUACAUAUGUUAAUGAGGCCAACUUUUUCAGCAUUUGUAAUUAAUUUUUUUUUGACUUGUUAGGAAGCUUUUGUUAUGUAUUUCUGUUAAUAGAACUUAAAUAGCUACUUCUAAACAUAAAGCAAAUAAAGAAAAUAUUUAUAGGA